AUGCUCUCACGCAUCAAGAAGCAGCAGGCGGAGGCACGUGAAGCCAACGGUGUUGGUCACAGUAACGGCGGAGGCGGCCCCUCCACGACGAGCAACGAGCCCGUUGCAAUUCUGCGCAUCAAGAAGGAUCUGGACAACUUAGACGGUAUCCGAAGCAAGGUGGAGAUACCCGACCCACAGAACAUGCUGCGGAUGAAGGUUACCGUCAGGCCUCCAUACCCUUCCAUAUGGCAUGGCGGCCUGUUCGAUUUCCUGUUGGAGUUCCGCGACGACUAUCCGUACGAGGGGCCAAAGGUGCGGUAUUUGGGUCCCCAUCGCAUCUGGCACCCAAACAUCGAAGGUGAUGAGUUCACAGAAGACGAGGGAGGGGCGAAGGGCGUCGUCAAGGUAUCCUGGAGUGUGUGUCUGAGCUUUCAGACGGAGUGGAAACCGACGCUCAGCUUGAGAGAUAUUAUUAUUAUGAUUGAGAUGCUGUUUCAAGACCCAAAUCCUGACGACCCGCUACACGGUACAUCGAAGCAGGCGGCACAGAUGAUGAAAGACGACCCAGUGCGGUUCAGGGAGAAGGCGCGGCGGUGGAUGCAGGGUUUGUACACUGAUUGA